UCAACUCACAUUCUCACAUUUGCAACUUCAGCUUUCUUCGCAAUCUACUCAGCAUCAAAAAUCAUGGUCGAGGAAAAAAAGACAUACAGGGGCAACUGCCGUUGCGCUGCUUUCAUCUUCGAGGUGACCAUUCCCGAGAUCAAGGAGGUCGAGAUUUGCAAAUGCAGCAUAUGCUACAAGAAGAAUUAUGCUUUUCUCUUUGUCGACAAGGAGGACUUUCGCGUCAUCAAGGGUAGUAUGGAGGAUUUUACCACCUACACCUUUGGUGAGGGCAUCAUGAAGCACAAUUUUUGCCCAAAGUGUUCGAUAAUGACGGCCUGUACCCAUGACAAGUUUCCCGACCAGUAUGUCGUCAAUGCUAGAUCCCUUCAGGGGCCGGUUGAUAUCUGGAACAUUCCCAAAAAGGUAGACCCGGGCAAGGCACACAAGCCUGACUACAUCCCACCUGACGACUCCGACCUCGCAGAGCCCACAGCUGAGAUAGAGGGCGAAAGCAAAACCUACCAUGGCAGCUGCCACUGUGGCGAUAUCCGGGUCAAGCUCAAGAUGGAGCCGGUCGAGAAGUUCAAAGGCACGAUCGGCGAGUGCAACUGCUCCCUGUGCCACCGCAGUGGCGUCACCUGGAUCUAUUCGAAUCGGUCGCAGGUCACUAUCAGCCCGGAAUGGUCUAGCGACAAGUUCUCUAUGUAUGGCGAGGCCGGGGCGAAACUCGGAGAGCAGUACUUUUGCAAGCGCUGCGGCGUCUAUGUGGCUAACAGGGUCAGGGCUGUCGAGUCGGACGAGGAGUUUGCGAAGCUGCCUGAGGAGACACAGGCAUUCCUGGCUGACAAGAGGCAGUGGCAGCCGCUCAACUUGAGGAUUUUUGAUGGCAUUGAUGUCGAUAGCGAUCAGGUCCAUGUUGAGAGGUUUGACGGGUACAACCAGAUCAAGCCGGAAUAUGUCAACCCUUGA